AAGCCGCCUCUCAGCCACUUCUUGCUGUGCUUCUCUUCCUGUCUUUGUCCCUCAAACCUCAAAGCCUUCUUUAACCAAAAACUUCUAAGAACCCUUUUUCUAUUUGUAUGCUUCUUCUUAACUAAUCCAUACUUCUCCUGCAAUUGGUUCAAGUCAUAUUCUUGCUGAAGGAGAAAAUGGCUGGAAAAUCAAACAAGGGGAGGAGCAGAAAAGGGUCGCAUAAUGCUUCCAGUUCUUCAGAAUCAUCUGUCCAAUCUGAUGUUACCUCAAAGGAUAAUGUGGAAGGCACUACUUCAGAAUCUGCAAAAGUUAAUGCAGCGGAAGUUGCAGCUGCUGGUGUUUCAACUAGUGCCAACAUAGAGGUGAAGGAGCUUGAAGCAGCAAAUGAAGUGAGCCAUCUAAAGCAAGGUGAUCUUCAACUUUAUGCAGUUUCUGUUAAAACACAAACUGGGGAGAAGCUUGAGCUUCAGUUGAAUCCAGGAGACUCUGUCAUGGAUAUACGACAGUUCCUUCUUGAUGCCCCAGAGACAUGUUUCAUCACAUGCUAUGACUUACUGCUGUACACAAAGGAUGGAUCCACACAUCACCUGGAAGAUUAUAAUGAAAUUUCUGAGGUAGCUGAUAUUACUACUGGUGGUUGCUCCUUGGAAAUGGUUCCUGCAUUUUAUGAUGAUAGAUCUAUAAGGGCUCAUGUUCACCGUACAAGAGAGUUGCUUUCCCUUUCUAACCUUCAUGCUUCAUUAUCAACGUCACUUGCCCUACAGAAUGAUAUAGCACAAAGUAAAGCUGCAAAUUCAGGAGACACCUUGAAACCUGAAGUUCCGGAGCUUGAUGGGCUUGGUUAUAUGGAGGACGUCUCUGGUUCAUUAGGUAAUUUGUUGUCUUCCUCGUCGAAGGAUAUUAAAUGUGUGGAGAGCAUAGUGUUUUCAUCCUUCAAUCCUCCUCCCAGCUAUAGAAGGCUUGUUGGAGAUUUGAUUUAUUUGGACGUGAUAACUCUUGAGGGUAAUAAAUUUUGUAUUUCUGGAAGUACAAAAAUGUUUUAUGUCAACUCAAGCUCGGUGAACAAUCUCGACCCAAGGCCUAGUAAAGCUACUUUUGAGGCAACAACACUUGUUGCUCUCUUGCAAAAGAUUAGCCCCAAGUUCAAAAAAGCUUUCCGUGAAAUAUUGGAGGGUAGAGCUGCUGCCCAUCCUUUUGAAAAUGUGCAGUCUUUGUUGCCGCCUAAUUUGUGGCUUGGUUUAUACCCUGUUCCUGACCACAGACGUGACACAGCUAGGGCUGAGAAUGCCUUGACUCUUCUGUACGGCAGUGAGCCUAUUGGCAUGCAAAGAGACUGGAAUGAGGAGCUGCAAUCUUGUCGAGAAUUUCCUCAUACAACUCCACAGGAGAGGAUCUUGCGGGAUAGGGCACUUUAUAAAGUGACGUCAGACUUUGUAGAUGCAGCCAUUAAUGGUGCCAUUGGAGUGAUCGGUGGCUGCAUUCCUCCAAUAAACCCGACUGACCCAGAAUGCUUUCACAUGUAUGUGCACAAUAAUAUAUUCUUUAGUUUUGCUGUUGAUGCUGACCUUGAGAAGCUGUCAAAGAGAUGCGUGGAUGCUGAUUCAAAAGCAUGGAGCACAGGCACUGUGCAAAGUUCUUCUGAUAAAGCUUCUUAUAUACCUCUUCAUGGAGAUAGUCAGGUUCCCAAUGGGGUGAAAGACGAUGGUUCAAAUUCAGAAGAUCUUAAUGGCACAGAAGUCACUCAGGAUGUUUCUCCUGAAGCUCAGCUGGUCGAGAAUGAGCAGGCCACAUAUGCUUCUGCAAACAAUGAUUUGAAGGGCACUAAGGCUUACCAGGAAGCUGAUGUUCCUGGAAUUUAUAAUCUUGCUAUGGCUAUAAUUGACUACAGGGGUCAUAGAGUGGUAGCUCAGAGUGUCUUACCAGGCAUUCUUCAAGGGGACAAGUCGGACUCUCUCUUGUAUGGUUCUGUUGACAAUGGAAAGAAAAUUUGCUGGAAUGAAGAUUUUCAUUCUAAGGUGUCAGAGGCUGCCAAACGCCUUCAUUUGAAGGAACACUCGGUCCUUGAUGGAUCUGGAGAUGUUUUCAAAUUAGCUGCACCGGUGGAAUGCAAGGGCAUUGUUGGUGGUGAUGACCGGCAUUAUCUUCUUGAUUUGUUGAGGGUAACUCCUCGGGAUGCCAAUUAUACUGGACCUGGUUCUCGAUUUUGUAUAUUGAGACCAGAAUUAAUUACUGCCUUUUGCCAGGCCCAAGCAGCGCAGACGUCAAAAUCUAAGGAUACAAAUUCUCAAGGAGCAGACAACUUGGCCAAUGAUGCUCAAAAUACUACUGAUGUCGAGAAGCAGGAUUUAACAAAGGAAGAGAAAACUGAGGAUGUCAAAGAUCUUGCUUCUGCAUUUGCUGAAGCCACCAAUCGUUAUCAGGAAGUUGUUUUUAAUCCUAAUGUCUUCACUGAAUUCAAACUGGCUGGAAGUCAAGAGGAAAUAGCUGCUGAUGAAGAAAAUGUGAAAAAAGUUAGUCUAUACCUUACUGAUGUUGUGCUUCCAAAGUUUAUACAAGACCUUUGCACACUUGAAGUUUCGCCUAUGGAUGGCCAGACAUUAACAGAAGCACUCCAUGCACAUGGAAUUAAUGUUCGCUAUAUUGGCAAAGUGGCUGGAGGGACUAAACAUCUACCUCAUCUGUGGGAUCUUUGUAAUAGUGAGAUUGUUGUCAGAUCUGCUAAGCAUGUUAUCAAGGACUUAUUAAGAGACACAGAGGAUCAUGAUCUUGCACCGGCAUUAUCUCAUUUCUUGAACUGCCUAUUUGGAAGUUGUCAAGCUCCUAGUGGAAAAGUAAUUGCUAAUAGCACACAGUCCAGGACUCCUAAAAAGGCAUGUCCGGAACAUGCAGGGUAUCGGUCUCCAGGAAAGCAUUCUAAAGGGCAAGCACGAUGGAAAGGCAGGGCAUCUUUAAGAAAGACUCAACCUUUGUAUAUGAAUAUGAGCUCUGAAGCUCUUUGGUCAGAAAUUCAAGAAUUUGCAAUAGUCAAAUACGAGUUUGAAUUGCCUGAGGAUGCAAGAUCACGUGUUAAAAAAAUUUCUGUUAUACGAAAUCUGUGUCAAAAGGUUGGUAUAACCAUCGCAGCUCGAAAAUACGGUCUUAAUUCUACCUCACCCUUCCAAACAUCAGAUGUCUUGGAUCUGCGUCCGGUGGUCAAGCAUUCAGUUCCAACAUGUUCAGAAGCCAAGGAACUUGUGGAAACUGGAAAACUUGAAUUGGCUGAGGGCAGGCUCAGUGAAGCCUACACUUUAUUUUCAGAGGCAUUCUCAAUUCUACAACAGGUUACUGGUCCCAUGCAUCGGGAGGUUGCUAAUUGCUGUCGGUAUCUUGCCAUGGUUUUGUAUCAUGCUGGAGAUAUGGCUGGGGCUAUUAUGCAGCAACACAAGGAGCUAAUUAUAAAUGAACGUUGUCUUGGUUUAGAUCAUCCUGACACUGCUCACAGUUAUGGAAACAUGGCUCUGUUCUACCAUGGACUUAACCAGACAGAACUUGCCCUUCGCCAUAUGUCCCGUGCUUUGCUCUUAUUAAGUUUGUCAUCAGGGCCGGAUCAUCCUGAUGUUGCAGCCACUUUUAUCAAUGUUGCAAUGAUGUAUCAGGAUGUAGGAAAGAUGAAUACAGCUCUUCGUUAUCUGCAAGAAGCUUUAAAGAAGAAUGAAAGGCUUCUUGGCCAGGAACAUAUUCAAACUGCUGUUUGUUAUCAUGCUCUUGCUAUUGCAUUUAACUGUAUGGGUGCUUUCAAGCUCUCUCACCAGCAUGAAAAGAAAACAUACGAUAUACUUGUCAAGCAACUUGGUGAAGAUGAUUCAAGGACAAGAGACUCAGAGAACUGGAUGAACACAUUUAAAAUGCGUGAGCUACAGAUGAAUGCUCAAAAACAAAAGGGUCAAGCUCUUAAUGCAGCUUCGGCUCAGAAGGCCUUUGAUAUCUUGAAGGCACAUCCUGAUUUGAUACAUGCAUUCCAAGCUGCUGCAGUUGCUGGGGGGUCUGGAAGUUCUGGUGCAUCUGCAAACAAAUCCCUUAAUGCUGCAAUAAUUGGUGAGGCUCUUCCCAGAGGAAGGGGAGUUGAUGAAAGGGCCGCACGCGCAGCUGCUGAAGUCAGGAAGAAGGCUGCAGCAAGGGGCCUGUUGGUACGUCCGCAUGGUGUACCGGUACAAGCCUUGCCACCCCUUACCCAACUUCUGAAUAUUAUAAAUUCAGGUAUGACUACAGGUGCUGUGGAGAAUGGGGAUGCAGAUGUAGAAAAGAAGGAAGCAAGUGGCGUUCCUUCAAGUGAUCCAACUGAUGCUAAAACGGGCCCAUCAAUGGCUGUGCAAGAACAUGCUCCAGUUGGAUUGGGCAAGGGGUUGUCAUCAUUGGAUGCUAAGAAACCAAAAUCAAAACCAAAGGCUGGGGCUUGAAAUUUUGAACGUCUAAGCUCUGCGUAAUUGGCAAUGGUAGGUUAAUUUGAGAUCAUAAAUUCUUUCUGAAAUGGUUGGAUUAAACGGGUACUCUGCUCAGCUUUUGAAGAGUGUUGAGUAACGGUUAGAAGUGAUCUUUUGUUUUGUUUUGUUUUGUUUUGUUUUUUUUCUGCCCUUUCCCAGUAGGUUUGGUAGCUAUAUUAGACAUCGAGAGAGAAUGCAAGUGAUUGUGAAAUAAAUCUAAUUAUUAUUUUUUUCUUCUGGCUAAUAACUGAUAAUCUUCCAGCAAGCUAUAUAUUUCGGGAUAUGAUAAUAAUAACUUUCAUCAUGAUAUGAAUCCUUGUAUCUAUAACAACAAAUUUAAUCCCCUUGCCCUGUUGAUUU